GCCAGGUUUUUGUCUGUUUACGUGUGCUUCUUGUCAUCAGUGGAAGAUGUCUGGUCGUGGCAAGCAGGGCGGCAAGGCUCGCGCAAAAGCAAAGUCUCGCUCGUCCCGCGCUGGUCUGCAGUUUCCAGUGGGCCGUGUGCACCGCCUUCUCCGUAAGGGUAAUUACUCCGAGCGGGUGGGCGCUGGCGCUCCGGUGUACCUGGCGGCUGUGCUGGAAUAUCUGACUGCUGAGAUCCUGGAGUUAGCUGGUAAUGCGGCCCGCGACAAUAAGAAGACCCGAAUCAUCCCGCGCCACCUGCAGUUGGCCAUCCGCAACGACGAGGAGCUCAACAAGCUGCUGGGCCGCGUGACCAUCGCGCAGGGCGGCGUCCUGCCCAACAUCCAGGCCGUGCUGCUGCCCAAGAAGACCGAGAGCCACCACAAGGCCAAGGGCAAGUGAGGCCCCUACAGGUCGUUAGUGCGACUUUACGGACACCAAAGGCUCUUUUCAGAGCCACCCACAACCUCUUUAGAAAGCGCUGUACACUGCUGACCGUCUCCAGUUACUGGCCAGGCAAGGUCUCCUGACUCCUUCCGUGCAUUCCUGCAUCCCUGUGCGGCGCCUGGGGAGCUCAGGGGAGACCAACGGCUUCAUCCGCGGGUGGGCCUGCGGUCAGUUGGAGGCGUUCGAGUUUCUCUCCACCACUCCGGUGUCAGACACAAGGUUGCAGUUAACGUGCGUGUUUGGACCUUAAGGGGAUACUUUAUAGAAAUUAACAAAAGGUUCUGGUUGGUAGAUGUUAGCGUUUCUAUUGAAACUGGGUUAAAUUGACAUGUUCAAAUCUUCCAAUUAGGAUGGGAUUUCCAAAGAUUUCUGACGGGAGACUUGGGUAUUUCAAAUCUACUUGUUUAUAUAAAUGUUCUGUUAACAAGGCGAUUUACAACUUUGGACUUGGCUGGUUUCUUUUGUGGGGGUGGGGAGCCGGUCUCUAGGCUGCUUCAGCCUGCUUAGUGGUAGGAUUACAGAUGAGCAUGGUGGUCCUGCGGGCCUUUGGAACUGGUUAAUCGGAUCCACUUAAGUAGCUUAAUCUUGGGGAGCAAAGUAAUUUGUCAGGUUUUGGUUAAACUAGGUAUGAGAGUACAGCAGUGUCCUUUGUCAUAAAGUUUAAAGGAAAACCGCAGCAUCAUACUAAGUACAUGUUUUUAGAGAUGAUUGUGACUUCUUUAGGCAGCAUGAUGAAUUAAGAGUUCCAGGUAAAUCAACAGGAGCGAGGGUGGGAAAGGGAGAGGAGGGGGUCAAAUGAGUUACCUUUAAAUCCUUUAAAAUGGCACAGAAUUGGGCCUCUUCCCUGUUAACUGCUGUACACUAUUUAAAAUUUAGCAAUACAGGCCAUGAAGACAAUUACAUAAUGUUUAUUAUAUAAUUUAUAUAGACUACUGAAACUGGAUCUCCUGGGCUCCUAAGACACCGUCUUUAACUACAAAUCUGCUUAUAAAACACCAAUGUCUUAAAGUCAUUUGUCUAAGGAUAAGCAGUAUUCUUAACGGUGAGUCUUAACAUAAUAAUAAAAUUAAAAAAAACUGCAUAUAGCUUAUACAUCUGCAAAUGGGUAGUCUCAGUAAAACAAAGCCAGAGGAUUGGACCUCCA